AUGUGCUUUAGUUUCAUAGUGAAUAUCAUCAACAGCAUUCUCUGGAACCUGUUUGGUUUUAGACUCAUUUGCACGGAGGAGCACUCUCUUCACAUCUAUGUACACUUCGCUGGAAGUGUCCUUGACAAUCCUUCAAGAGCAUUGGUCCUCAACUUCUUUGACCACUACGAAGAGAUGACCAUCAAUCAGUUCCAUCACCAUGGAGAGGACUUGACACCAACCAACCCGGCUGCCCUCGUUCUCCAAGGAGCUCAAGAAGGUGCUACCAACGCUCGACACUUUCACUACUCCUCAGCCGAGGUCUGCAACCUUGUUGUGCGCUACCUCAAGAGGCACCGUAAGUCUAACAGUAACAAACUGCUCACAGGUAUGAUACUAACAUUCCUUCAAGAGUUUGCACCAGGUGUUCAGCUCAAUCAUGACGAUGUUCUGUUCCAAUACAGGUCGAGGCACCAGACUCAAUUCGACCCAGUCACAUUCAUUUGA